CAGCACGUGGGCUAUCCCAAAAACCUACACGGUUGGCCUACUUUUAUCUACUUUUCAAACGACGUCGUUGGAUUUUAGCUUUACUUAACCCCGAAUUUCUCGGAUUAAUCCCUGACGAAUCUUUGCUGUCACCAACCCAGUAUCAGCGCAGAUAAUAACAAAAAUAGAAAAGAUUUACCGAGAAAAAAAAGAAAAAAAAAGAAAACUCAUAUAUCCAGAGAAGAAGACAAUAGGAAAUUACCAAAAUCGCCAUGUCUCUCACUGUUACUCUUACCUUCUUCCUCAUUCUAUCACCGUUCGUGUCGUCGUUGACCACCAUCGGCGAUAAUACAGCGUCGGCUUAUGAGAUCCUCCAGGACUUCAACUUCCCAAUGGGUAUUCUCCCAAAGGGUGCCACUGGUUACGAACUGGAUAGAAAAACUGGUAAAUUCCGUGCGUAUUUGAACGGUUCCUGCAGUUUCUCUUUAGAGGGUUCCUACCAAUUGAAAUACAAGUCAACCGUCAAUGGUUACAUCUCCAAUAACAGGCUCACCGGCUUGACUGGGGUUAGCGUCAAGGUCUUGUUCCUCUGGCUCAAUAUAGUCGAGGUCACUCGGGGCGGCGACGACCUCGAAUUCUCGGUUGGGAUCGCUUCGGCGUCGUUUCCGAUUGAUAAUUUUUAUGAGUGUCCCCAGUGUGGAUGUGGUUUGGAUUGCGUUAAUGGGCCGGUAAGGAAACUGAAAAUUAAACCUUCCGUCUAUUCAUUUUGAUGAGAUGUUUGAAUCUGUAGAGAAUGUUUUACUCAAUCUGAAUGAUGGGUUUCACUUUACAAUGGAUAUACAGUAUGCUUUUCUUUUUAUGGGGUUUAUUAAAGACUUUUAAUUUUUCA